AUGUUAUAUUCAUCUACUCCAGAACAAUCUGCACUGGCCACUACUUUUCAACGUGCUGCCAAAGGAGAUUCUAAGAAUCGGGACAAAGGUCAUUGGAAUGAGAAUGCUCUAGAUGACAAGGACAAAUUAUUUUGUGAUCAUUGUAAUAGACCACGUCAUACUCGGGAGACAUGUUGGAGGCUCCAUGACCGUCCUACAAGAGGGCGAGGGGGCUGUUUUGGUGGAUUCUCUCGUCCACGUGCAAAUCACACUACUUCCACAGAGGACAUACCUCCAGCACCUACUCCAGCUCCUAAUCAUGAAAGGGCACUUAACACUGAGGAGUUAGCACAGCUGCAUCAGUUUAUGGCUCGAUUGGAAACACCUACUGAUACAUCCUCAUCUGUUGCCCAUUCAGGUAAUUUAGCUACAGCCCUUAAUGCAUCGUCAACGGAGUAUGAUGAUCCUUGGGUAAUUGACUCGGGAACUAUAGAUCAUAUGACUGGACCUAACCACGGGGCGAAUGAUUGGCAGUGAUAGCCUUAAGGAUGGUCUCUACUAUCUGGACAAACAGCCCAAAGCACAAGGAUGGCUAAAAAAG